AUGGAGGGGUUUCUGGACUUGGGCAAUAUGUCCAGAGUGCGAGAGUUUAUCCUCCUGGGUUUGUCUGCCAGGCAAGGCGUGAGGAUUGUGCUGUUUUCUGUCUUCCUGGCCCUCCACCUGCUGACCCUCCUGGAGAACACCCUCAUCAUCUUCCUCGUCUGCAGUCACAGCGAGCUCCGCAAGCCCAUGUACUUCUUCCUGGGCCACCUGAGCUGCCUGGAGAUGUGCUACGUGUCAGUGACCACGCCCAGCCUGCUCGCGGGGCUGAGGUCCAGUCCGUGCCACGUGCCCUUCACAGCCUGCAUAAUUCAGCUUUUUUUAUUCAUAUCUCUCAUCGGCACCAAGUGCUCCCUCCUGGCCUCCAUGGCCUAUGACCGCUAUGUGGCCAUCUGCUGCCCGCUCCGCUACCCGCGGCUCAUGAGGCCCCAGGUCUGCCUGGGCUUAGCUUUGUCCUCAUGGCUUGGUGGGCUGCUGGUCUCGGUGGUCAAGACAUCAGGCAUUGCCAGCCUGUCCUACUGUGGCCCCAACGUCCUCAACCACUUCUUCUGUGACGUCUCCCCUCUGCUCAACCUGUCCUGCACCCACGUGGCCCUGACGGAGCUGGUGGACUUCAUCUCCGCCGUUGCCAUCUUCUGCGGGACGCUGCUAGUUGCUCUGGCCUCGUAUGCGGCCAUCGGGAGGGCCAUGCUCUGCAUGCCCUCAGCCGCCGCCCGGCGCAAGGCCUUCUCCACCUGCGCCUCCCACCUGAUUGUGGUGGGCACCUUCUACUCAGCGGUCCUCUUCAUGUAUUCCCGCCCCCGCCCCAUCGAAUCCACCGACCUCAACAAGGUGCUGUCAGUCAUAUACACGGUGGCCACGCCCCUGUGCAGCCCAGUCGUCUACUGCCUGCGCAACAGGGAGGUCCACGCCGCUCUGCGGAAAACCUUCCACCAGCGCAGGGUCUCUUCAGGGAGAACUGACAUUUCCUGCUCCUGA